AUGCCGCCGGCCCGAGACGGUCAGACACUUCCUGACGGAGUGCACGAGUUGGACCUUGCAGCGCCAACAAUAUCUUCAGGUAACCACGCAGCGGUGGACGGACGUGUCAUUCCUCCUGGGAGGGUGGACAAAGGAAAGAGUGGACGGAGCGCUCAAGAAAUGGAAGCCGAACAUGGAAGCAGUCAGAGCAACGAUCCCUUUUGCGAAAGCCACCGGUCGAUUGCAGCUCAGCCCUGA